GCAAAAAACACAUUAAUGAAUGAAAUAUUUGUCUUAUAUAUUAAUAUCACUAACCAUCAAAGAGUCACUAAUGACUUUUAUUUCUUAUAAACAAGCGCAGACGUCAUCAUAUUAUUAAUAGCGCCUCGGCCAAUCAGCGGGCAGGAGGAGGCGGGACUUCCGCGUUUGUGGGCGGAUCCGGGUGGGUGUUGAUUUGUCAGGAAUAAAGCGAAGAUCAACAUUAUAACAUUGUGACUUUUGAUUCUGAAUAAAACAUAAAGAUCGUUGCGCUCGCGUUUAAUCUGCAGUCAUGCCUGGAAUCGAUACAUUACCCAUAGAGGAAACUCUGGAAGACAGUCCGCAGACACGCUCUCUGCUCGGGGUGUUUGAAGAAGAUACAGCAUCAAUAUCCAGUUAUUUCAGUCAGCUCUUCAAAGCCAUGCAGAGGAUCUAUGACGCCCAGAAUGAACUGAGUGCUGCCACACAUUUGACGUCUAAAUUACUGAAAGACUUUGAGAAACAGCGUUUUCCUCUGGGGGGCGACGAUGAGGUCAUGAGCUCCACUCUCCAGCAGUUUGCCAAAGUCAUCGACGAGCUCAGCUCCUGUCACGCCGUUCUCUCCACUCAGCUCGCGGACGCCAUGAUGUUCCCCAUCACUCAGUUUAAAGAGAGAGACUUGAGAGAAAUUGUCAUCCUGAAGGAAGUGUUUCAGAUUGCAAGUGAUGAUCACGAUGCUGCCAUAAACCGAUACAGUCGUCUGUCUAAGCGAAAGGAGAACGAGAAGGUGAAGAAUGAAGUGAUGGAGGACGUGUACACGUCCAGGAAAAAACAUCACGAGACCACAAUGCACUACUUCGCUUCACUGAACAUGCUGCAGUACAAGAAGAAGAUCGCGCUGUUGGAGCCGCUGCUGGGAUACAUGCAGGCGCAGAUCAGCUUUUUCAAACUGGGAUCAGAGAAUCUGACGCAGCAAUGGGAGGAUUUUCUCACCAACAUCGGAACCAGCGUGCAGAAUGUUCGCAGGGAAAUGGACAGUGACGCUGAAGCGAUGGAUCAGACGAUUCAAGACCUGAAAGAGGCCAGUGACCCGCUCUACAUGCCCGACCCCGACCCGAACACCGUCCCUGUGAACCGCAACCUGACCCGCAAGGCCGGAUACCUCAACACUCGCAAUAAAACGGGCCUGGUGUCGUCUAGCUGGGACCGGCAGUACUUCUUCACCCAGGGAGGAAACCUCAUGGGCCAAUCGCGUGGAGACGUCGCCGGAGGUCUGGUUAUGGACAUUGACAACUGUUCUGUCAUGGCUGUGGACUGUGAGGACCGCCGGUUCUGCUUUCAGAUCACAGCGUUUGAUGGAAAGAAGGCGGCCAUAUUACAGGCGGAGAGCAGGAAAGACUGUGAGGAGUGGAUUGCAACGAUAAACAACAUAUCUAAGAGGAUAUACCUGAGUGAAAACCCAGAGGAGAUCGCAGCGAGAGUGAAUCAGUCUGCGCUGGAGGCCGUGACUCCUUCUCCAUCCUUUCAACAGAGACACGAGAGUUUCAGACCGAGCACGCAAGGUCGACCCAAGACGGGCCGGUCCGGCAGCCAGUGCUCCGUGGGCUCCGAGUCUCCGGCGCUGUCGUCUCUCUCUCUGGAUUCGCUCGUGGCUUCGGACACACCGAUCCAGUUCGACAUCAUCUCCCCCGUCAGCGAGGAGCACACGAGUCAGGCCAAGAGCGCCGGCCAGGGCAGAAGGACCAAUCCAUUCGGGGAAUCUGGAGGGCCACAAUCUGAGGAAAGUGAAGACUCGAUCCUGCACCAGCUCUUCAUCGUUCGGUUCUUGGGCUGCAUGGAGGUGAAGGCCACGGAGAACGCUGACGUCAUCUAUGAGACCAUGAGACAGAUCCUGGCAGCUCGAGCCAUACACAACAUCUUCAGAAUGACCGAGUCUCAUCUGCUCGUCACAUGCGAAUGCCUGAAGCUUAUUGACCCACAGACACAAGUCACAAGACUACGGUUCUCUCUCUCCAGCGUUGUGCUGUGUGCGUCACAUCAGGAGAACAAGCGCUUGUUUGGUUUCGUGUUGCAGACGGCAGGAGGACGAGUGGAUGGACGGCCUGUUACCGUCUGCUACAUCUUUGAGUCAAACAAUGAUGGAGAGAAGAUCUGUGACAGUGUAGGACUGGCAAAGCAGAUCGCCCUCCACUCUGAGAUGGACCGAAAAGCCUCACAGAAACAGAGAGAGCUGAAUAAAGCCAAGGAGAAACAACAGGAAGAACUCGAUAAGCAAAAACAGAUAGAGAAGGAUCUUGAGGAACAAAGUCGUUUGAUAGCCGCCUCUAGCCGACCCAGCCAAACAGCUGCUGAUGGACAGGUCUUGGUCCUUAGCAACAGCCAAUCAGAGGACAGCGAUGUAGGAGAGGAGGGGCAGAAAAAGGGCGAAUCAGAGGCCUGAUAAGAACCGUUCUAUUACAUCACUUCCUGUUCCUCAAGGGUUCUCCAGAGUGGCCUGCAGGAGCAAUGAUUUAAUAUCAAACUGCGGAUUAUACACACACACAAAAAAAAAGUGGACACUUUGGGGAAAACUCCUCAGAAGUUGUUAUUUGUAUGAAUCCUGUAUUUUUUACCAUAUCCGUUAUCGAACUGCAUUUGCUUUUAGAGGGUUUUAUAUAUGUAUGUGUGUCAAUGAAUCCACUACCAGGACAAACGACAACCUAACGAGACGUAAGGUGACAUCUGUUGCUUUAUUUCG